UGGGAGGAAGUGACGUGACGCAGCGGUGCGGCCUCCCCGCGGUGGUGCGGCCUCACGGCGGCUGUCUGGACUCGGGCUGGCAUGUCGGCUCUGACGCGGCUGGCGCCUUUCGCUCGCGGCGGAGGCAGCCUCUUCAGAGGCCUCCGCGCGCGGGAGGCUGGAAGCAGAGUCCGUCAUGCUGGUGGCGGUGUGCACAUUGAGCCCAGGUACAGAGAGUUUCCCCAGCUCACCAGGUCCCAGGUGAUCAAGGGUGAGUUCUUCAGUGCAACCAUGUGGUUCUGGAUUCUCUGGCGCUUUUGGCAUGAUUCGGAUGCUGUCCUGGGUCACUUUCCAUAUCCAGAUCCUUCCCAAUGGACGGAUGAAGAAUUGGGUAUCCUUCCAGAUGAUGAAGACUGAAAGUGUAAACUAAACUCUUUACAAGAGCAAGGUCAGAAUUUCAAGAGAUUGUGAACUUCAUAUUGUCUAUUGAAGUUGUAAAUUAAAGUGGUUUGGUCAUGAAUGAG